AAAGUGGGUUAUUUUUGUUUUAUUUUAGUUUAAAAAGUAUUUAUUGUAGAUUUUAAAAAUGUCCCAAGACGAUUUACGUGCGAAUAAGAGAUGUACGGGAACAGUGCCGAAACAACGCAUCAGAUACACCCAAUCCGCGACAGAAGUAGAUAGAUUGAGAAGUUUAUCGAAUAGCUCCGCCGAUUAUUACCACGACUGCACCAACGAGCUCCGAAGCGCCAGAAGGAGCAACCAGGCCCUCGAUUCGACGUUUCAACAACAAAGGAUCUCGCCCGUUCAAUCCGGUUCGGUGAACUUCAAUUCGAUUAGUUCUUCGAACGCCAGUACGGCGAAUUCGAGAAAGAACUCGUUGAGUUCGUCCCUGAAAUGCGACAACAUCACGAAGAAGCCCAACAAGCGGCAAAUAGACGAUAAAUUGAAUCAGAUUCGAGAGUAUUUGAAAAUAACGAAUUCGUUGAUGGCGAGCAUCAAGAAGGUUCACAAUCAGGUUGUAGAUCAAAACGAUGAUUUUUGUACGGAGAGAAACGAAGGUAACUUCAAUCUAGACUGUUUAGAAUUCAACGGGCUUUCCCCGAAAGAUAACGAACCGAUGUUUCAAAGGAAAUCCGAGAAUAAACGUUUAUCACCCAGACAAAACCAGAGCAAUCUUCUUUUCGAUGGUUGUAAUCACAAAAACAGCACUUUACACAGAAGCAACCGCAGCGACAUCUACCACGGAUGCGCUUUCGUGGAUAAAAACCGGAAGGUUCAAUCUCAUCCUCAAUUAAUUCCAACACAAGAUGUGCCGAUUACCAACGGGGACAAUCCCAACACCGAAUUGGACUCGUCCGAUUACAGCGACAAAGAAAUGGAAAUCAAGCACAUCGAACUGCACAAACACAUCACGGAAUUGCAAAACAAGAAAUUCCAAAUCGACCAGUUCCUAACGCAAUUGCAGAACUCUCCAACGAACGGAGAGGAUGUUGAGCGCGACAUGAUGAGAAUAUCCGCCAUGAAGGCGCAGCUGAAGAAGCUGAGAAACAUGCUGGAAUUCGUCAAGACUCCGCUCGGUAAUCCGGCCGAAUUGGGCUGUCAAUUGUGUUCCUCGCACGAUGCCAACACGAGCAAUCUAUUCGUUAACGCUAGUAACUCCAUCGAUGGCAGAUCGAAGCAGUUCAAUAAAAAUCCCUUGGACAAAACCAAACAGAAUACUCCGAGCAACGCGCAAAAGACGAUCCUCGAAUUGGAAUCGAAAAAGAGAGAGUUGGUGGAAAUCAUGGGAAAACACAGAGUACAUUCAUCGAAUCUCAACCAAGACCUCGGCAUCGAUACCAAAUCCGAUAUAAGUUUCAUAACGAACGGAACCCACGAUCCUUGGAUGGCUGUCGUAUCGAACGAAAGCGACUCACAGGACUUCUCCAGCGAUGAAUAUCAAAACGAAGACGUGAAGCACAAUUUUCUCUCCCUGCCUACGCUCAACGCGGAGAAUUUCGAAUACGGCUCGGCGAACCGAAGGGCUGGAACCCCUUCGAGCAGAGGCCGAUCCGGCCCGCGCAACAACCGACAACCGCAGGUUUCCAAUCUACAGAACUCCCACACGAAUCAGAUGCAAGAACAGUUAGAGAUCAUCCGGAGCAUAUGCGAUUCGAUGCUGCAACACCAAGACAAUUCUACGAACGCUCAGGAAAACGCGCCGAAUAGCUUCGAACAUCAGAGACCAUUCGUGCAAUCGAAUUCGAACAAUAACCCGAACCAAUCGGGUUAUUACAAUUGGCUGUCUACCAGUAACAUGCAAACGCAAUCGUUCAUGUUGAACACCCUGAAUCAGUGCUACCAAAUGCUUUGGAUGCAACAAAAAGAAAUGACCCUGUUAAAGAACGUGGUGUUCGAGCUGGAAGAGAAGUUAAAAUCGGCGAAUUUCGAGGCUCAAACGUCGCCGAAUUGCCCGAUUCGACAACAACAACAGCGACAACAACAAGAACACGAUUCGGUUUCGUACGAUAUGUACGACAACGGCCAUUUGCUGGACUCGUGCUUGAACAACAUCAAUCGGAACGCGGAUCACGUGAACCAUUUGCUGCCCAAUCACAUUUGGAACGGUCAGGCGUUGAACAAUCAAGUGGUGCCCGGCAACAGGGCGAACAAUUAUUGGGACAAUUUCAGGAGUUAUUCUCGUCAAAAUCUUCUGUCGAAGAACAGCGAUGUUCCGAGCGUGGUGGACGGAACGAAUUUCAUCAAUCAGUGCGCGAAUCCUUUCACGUUUUUGUCGUUUUCCAAGAGGAAUUCGGAUACAAACGACAACACCGCUCAACGGACGCCUUUUAAUGAUACCAAAUCGAGCGGUAAAAAUAACGAAGAAACUAAAUCGCCAUCGAAAGAGAACAAAUCGCAGCAAUUCGAUGUCCCCGUUGUGCACAAUACGAGACCUAACUACGAAGAAUUACCCAUAGAAAAGCCCGAGCCCGAAACUACUGAAGAAGGCAAUCGCGAUCCGAUAUUAAAUUGCACGUUUGACAAUCUGAAAGAGAACAUAUACAAAGAAGUGGCCUCGGUUAUUUCGGCAAACGAAAACAGACCGGAGUUUUUGAUCAAACUAUUUAGGGAUCUUCAAUUCGUUAAAUCGGAUAAUGCGAGGAAAAAUGUGUUGCAUUCGAUCGAAAGGAAUAUUUGCGACAAUCAAACUAUUCGCGUUAGCUCGAGGGCUCAGGAGUAUGUAGCUUUCAACGAUUUCAUACAGGAUACUCAACGAUUCUUAAACAGCUACAAGGAGCACGUGAUUCAGGAGGAUUUCUUCUUCGCUUUAAAAGACUUUUUGUUGAAUUUGGAAUCCUUCAAGUUGAUCUACAAGGAUAAAUCGAGCCGAGUCAACUUGGUUAAUAUAUUAGAUAACGAAUUCGAUAAUUUUAUUGGUAAAAGUUUGAGCGAAAUCAAAUCGCAGUUGUUGCAAAAAAUGCUCGAUUUGGUGUUUGGGCAGCAUGCGAUGGUCGAUUCCAAUGAAGUCGUUUCGACCACUACGAAUUCUAAUGAAAUCCCGACUAACGGAGAUUUAGCGGAAGCCGAUCAAAGUGGUACAAUGAACGAUGAAGAAGGAGCUGUCGGUGGUGUCGUAGAAAUUAACGAAAUGAGACAAAUCAAUGCGAAUCCGAUGUUUGAUCCGAUACUGGAAUUUACCAACCAUGAAAUGAGGGAACCUUUGAAUCAAGAUAUGUUCGAAUUUUCCGAUGAAACCGAAUUGCCAGGCGUCCCAAAUAACAUACUGUAACUCGUAAUAAAGCUUCAGAAUAGGCCCUGUAAAUGUACAUUCCAACAGCUACGUGUAACACAACAACGGAGAAUAUAGCCGAACAGAUAUUCGACGAAGACUCGAUGGGAUACUUUUCUAAAACAAAAAAAAAAUUGCAGCAGAGAAAACUUGAGAGAAAAGAGCUCGCCCGCUUUCCCAAUUUGCAUAUUCAACAAUUCCACAUUCAGAUUAGCAGCGGACCCGGGCAAAGGAAAACCCUCGCACAUCCUCUUCGUCCAGGACCGAAUUAAGGACUAAUUGAAAUUAGCCUAGUUUGUAGAGAAAUUGGAGAAAAUACAGUUCGAA